AUGUAUGUUGUGUAAGAAUGAAACUAUAUAAAAUGAGAGCUCCGAGUCAGGAUGGACCAGCUCGGCUUGUUACUUUAUUACAAAGUCUAUACUGAAUUCACAAGCUCCGGUGUCUGAGAGAUAUUUUAGAGAAGUAUUUCCACGACAGCUGCUAUGGAACUCUCCGCCAUACCUGCUCCGUGCCGUGGAGAGUGUCAGCUACACGGGCUGCACCGCAGACAAUCUGAGAGGGAUUCAUUUUUCUGUGGUGUCGCCACGUUACGGGCACUGUUCGACUGGGCGUCGCCAGUCGGGGGACCAGUCGACCCCCACCCAGACUACAACCAAGACCCCUUCCACAUGAUCCUGGUCAGGGGUAUCUCACUUCCUGUGUCGUCAGGGGGAGGAUCGGGCCCUCUCAAACCAGUCCUUCCCCCUCAACCCCUGCCUGUCAGUCAGCCACCUCUUGGUCCCGCCUCGCAGGCUCUUCCACCAAUAAGCAAGGCCCAUCCAUAUCAGCCCCCACCUUCCCUUAACGCGGCCCAGGCAGCUGCACAGAUGGCUGUAGAGGCAGCCAACAACCAGAAGAGUCGCUAAGCCCAAAGCCUCGUCUAUGGAUUCCAAUACCAAACUCACGCGCUCCCUGCCCUGCCAGGUGCAAGUCAACCAAGGAGAGAACCUAAAUGCAGAACAAGUGGCCACAGAAGCUCAUCAUGCAAUUGAUCCCACAAAAGCUACUGACAACACUUGGUCCACUCCUCAGAAACUCUCAAAUGGUUCAGUUUCUCUUCACCAACAAAGAUUUGGAGUCACUAAAAGGUCUUUAUCAUAUCAUGGCCAAUGGAUUUGCGGGGUGCGUCCACUUCCCCCACAGCGCCCCCUGUGAGGUGCGGGUGCUCAUGCUGCUCUACUCCUCCAAGAAGAGGAUUUUCAUGGGCCUCAUCCCCAACGACCAGAGCGGCUUCGUCAACGGCAUCCGACAGGUCAUCACCAACCACAAACAGGUCCAGCAGCACCGCUCGUUGGGUUCAGGAGGGCCGAUGCCAGGGCCGCCUGGCCAGGUUCAACCCAAUCAGAACUUCCUCAACCGGCCGCAGGGGCCCAUCCCUGUCUCCCAUGGCAACGUGCAGCAGCAGUCUGUGGUGGUGGGCAUGCCCUCUGUUAGUCAGGUCACUCUGAUGGAGGAACAGCAGAGACAGGCCAACCUGAUGACGAUGAGAGCAGCCAGCGCAGCUAAUCAGCAGCCGCCCGUCACCGGCGCUCCGCCCAACCAGGUCACUCAGGGUGCCAUGCUCCGCCUUCCAAACCCAGGAGCCAAUCCGCAGCUGUGCAGUCUACUCCCCUGCCAAUAGCAGCCACAGGGUGGUGUUGGUCACAUGCAGAGCAUGAUGCCUCACCAGGGGCUGGGAGGGCAGCUGGUCCACCCUACUCCAGGAGCGGGCACCCAAAUGCAGGCCCAGUGGAGACAGCCCCUGGCAGGUCAGAUGAUGAUGGCUGCUGGUCAGAGGGGCCCUGGAGCCCAACCCCCCGGGAUGCCCCAGGUGUCCUCCGUCAUGGAGGAUGAGAUUCUCAUGGACCUUAUUUGAGUUUGCACCCAAAAAGACUACAUCCCCCAGCAGCCAGCAUUUUCAGUUUCGUCAUGGGGGCAGACUGGGAGAUGUAGUUUUCCUAGUUUCUACUCUGGCUUUGUUUUCUGUUUUUUUUUUUUU